AUGAGAACCCGCAGAAGCAUCAUCCCGGAUUCUGAGGACGGAUUUCUCAGUGCUGCAUCACUGAAAGGUUCAUCGCCAGUUCGUCAACUGGAGCCGCUACAGGCGCGCAGGUCCUCUCGUUCCAAAUCAGCGAUGACUAGUGUCAUCAAAGAUUCCGAAGAUGAAGGCUCCGAUACCCUUGACCUACCCGAUCUAGCGGCGAAUCAAUUUGUAUCAGGAAGUGUGAAAGUGGUAAUCCCUACUAAAAAGGAUGAAUCCCCAAUGGCCUCGUCCCGGAGCUCUCUGGGGAUUCUGUCAGCCGACGGAGUGACAGGCUUCAACACGCCCGCCACUAGCGUGAGUGCUGCGGCAGAAACGGAUUCCAAUAAGCCCCGGGCACGUGUCAAUGCAUCAGCUCGCGCACAGCAACUGCGCGCGAGUAGAAUGUCCCGAGCAACUCAACGAGGAGUCAAAAGAUCGGUCGAUGAGACUUCGCCUGAAGCUAUGGACCGCUCCGACUUGGACGCGGCGCUGGCUCUCGCCCUUCAAGUAGGGGAAUACGACCAGCCGCGCCCGAAAAAACGGAAGAUCGAUACAAGGGCUAACCGUGCAAACAUCAGCGCCAAAGGUAUUAACUUGGAUGAGUAUUCUGACCUGGAAAGUCUGUCAGAUGACUCAGAUCUGUCCGAAUCUCCCCUUGAUCGCUUGAGCGAUGCUGAGGAUCUUACGAAUUGGUGUCAAUCAAUAGAUAGUGACAGUGAAAUGGAUGAGGAGUAUGAGGAGUUCGAUAAUACUCAUACUACGGCAAGGCGGGCCCCAAAUUUGAUCCCACCCGCUCCUAGUUUUUACGCAGAUUAUGACGAGGAUGGUGAGGAGCUCCCACCGACUUGGGAGGAGCAAAGGAAAAUUCGCCGCAAACAAACAGAUCGGAAGAAGUUGGAGAAGCAGCACCCUACCAUCAGUUCCAUGUGGGAUGACCUGAAGGCCCAACCUAUCAUUGCUCCGAAGCAAGCGAAGCAACCAGAGUCUAUCACUCGCAAGCUGAAACCAUUCCAGCUUGAGGGCUUGAACUGGAUGAUGGAACAGGAAAAGACUGCGUACCGUGGAGGUCUCUUGGGUGAUGAGAUGGGAAUGGGGAAAACAAUCCAGGCUGUUUCUUUGAUUAUGUCGGAUUAUCCUCAGCCUGAUCCGACUCUCGUCCUCGUUCCCCCAGUCGCUUUGAUGCAGUGGGUAUCUGAAAUGAAGGAAUACACCGAUGGCAAAUUGAAAGUCCUCGUUUACCAUGGCUCUGACUCGAAGGUUAGAAAGCUCACCCCAACUGAUCUUCGAAAAUACGACGUGAUCAUGAUCUCUUACUCGAGUCUGGAAUCCAUGUUUCGAAAACAAGAAAAGGGCUGGGCUCGUACUGGUGGAGUCGUGAAAGAAGACAGUGUCAUCCAUUCCAUUCAUUAUCACCGGCUUGUCCUCGACGAAGCUCAUAGCAUUAAGCAACGUACGACGGGUGUUGCCAAGGCCUGUUUUGCCCUGCAAGCUACUUACAAAUGGUGUUUGUCUGGUACUCCGGUACAGAAUCGAAUCGGCGAAUUUUUCUCCCUGCUUCGUUUCCUUCAGGUCCGCCCAUUUGCAUGCUAUUUUUGUAAGCAAUGCAAUUGUCAGCAGCUUCAGUGGACUGCAAACAAACAGGGCCGUUGUACGGAAUGCAACCACACGGGUUUCAACCAUAUUUCGAUUUUCAACAAGGAAAUUCUCAAUCCAAGUAAGACAUCCUCCAUCCUCUCCAUCGGCAAAUACUUAUUAAGAUAUCUAGUCACGGAGGGAAGAACCCAGGAAGAGCGAAAAUCGGGAUUGACGAAGCUUCGUCUUAUCACGGACCAUAUAAUGCUGCGCCGGAUGAAGCAGGAGCAUACGUCGUCAAUGGAACUCCCGCCGAAGCGCAUUAUCAUUCAUAAUGAAUUUUUCGGUGAGAUCGAACAUGAUUUUUCGCGCAGCAUCAUGACCAAUUCGACUCGAAAGUUUGAUACUUAUGUCAGUCAAGGUGUCAUGCUGAACAAUUAUGCGAAUAUCUUUGGUUUGAUUAUGCAGAUGCGGCAGGUGGCAAAUCACCCAGAUCUCAUUCUCAAGAAGCAUGUUCAGCCUGGGUUCAACAUCCUUGUCUGCCGAGUCUGUGAUGAGCCUGCUGAAGACGCUAUUCGAUCUCGCUGUCGACACGAGUUUUGUCGCAAGUGCGUCAAGGAUUACAUCCAAUCCUUUGACGAGAGCACGACAGUGGAUUGUCCGCAAUGCCAUAUUGCCCUUUCAAUCGAUCUUGAGCAACCUACCAUCGAACAGGCUGAAGAGUCCGUUAAGAAAAACUCGAUCAUAAACCGCAUUCUCAUGGAAGAUUGGACCUCCUCCACCAAGAUUGAAACCCUUGUCUAUGAGCUUUACCAACAGCGAAACAAGAGUCAUACCCCCAAGUCGAUCAUCUUUUCGCAGUUUACUUCAAUGCUACAGCUUGUGGAGUGGCGUCUACGUCAUGCUGGAUUUAACACAGUCAUGCUGGAUGGAACCAUGACCCCCGCGCAGCGACAGAAAUCUAUCGAGCACUUCAUGAACAACGCUGACGUGGAAGUAUUUCUGGUUUCUCUGAAAGCCGGUGGUGUGGCCCUUAAUUUGACCGAAGCAUCCCGAGUGUUCAUUGUCGAUCCAUGGUGGAACCCUGCAGCAGAAUGGCAAAGCGCCGAUCGCAGCCAUCGCAUUGGUCAGCAACGACCCUGUGUGAUCACUCGGCUCAGUAUCGAAGACUCGGUCGAGUCCCGAAUCGUUCAAUUACAGGAGAAAAAGGCCAACCUCAUUCGAGGCACUAUCAAUAAGGAUCAAGAUCAGGCUCUUGAGAAACUUACCCCUGAAGAUAUGCAAUUCCUCUUUCGAGGUUCGUAG